AUGGAAGAGGCGGAAGAUAACUUACCGAUUGCUACAUUAUUUAAUAUCAAAAAGAAGAAGGCAAAGAAAGUGACUAAGGCAACGAAAGAGAGCAAAACUGUUGCUGUUGCUGAUGAUUCCAUUACAGUGCGAAACAAUGACGGUGGUGGGAGUAGUACCAGCGGUGAUUCUAACAUUAGGGUUUCUCUGUUUGAUUUCUCUAUUGAGAAUUUCUUCCAUGACAUGGACACCAUUGCCAAACUCUGUGGGGAAGAAGAACACAAUGCUGCUGUUGAGGAAAGCGAGAUCAAGAGAUUGAGUUCUUCUGUCACUUUCUUAAGAGCAUGGAGAGAUUUUAAAUAUCCAUCUAAAAACAUUAGGUUUGCUUAUGGACUUGGGACCUCUGAGUGUUAUGAGAGAAACAAUAUCAAAGACAUAAACUUACCUCAGUUUUCAUCUGCCGCUGUUCCUAAGUAUGAUACGGAAAAGGAGGAACUAGGGGAUGCAGAAUCUCAAGAAUGCAGAGACUUUGUGAUGAAUGUUGGAGGUUCUGUAUGGGCAUUAGAUUGGUGUCCUAGGGUGCACGAGGAGUCCGAUUGUUCAAUUAAAUGUGAGUUCAUUGCUGUUGCGGCUCAUCCACCUGGUUCGUCUUAUCACAAAAUGGGUGCCUCACUUAGUGGCAGAGGUGCUGUGCAAAUAUGGUGUCUUCUAUAUAAUAAGGAACACAACAAAGAAGUAUCUUCUCUCCCCAUGAAGAAGGAAAAAAACCCUAAAAAAGACACAUGCACAAAUGACAAGUCGACAGAAAUAAAGAAGCCUAGAGGAAGACCUAGAAAGAAUCCUACUGAAAACAAUGAAGAAAUACAUCCUAUUAUAAACAAGAGAAAAAGAGGAAGACCAAAAGAAAAUCCAGCUCCAAAUGGGAAUCUUGAAAACAAUGAAGAAAUGUAUGCUAUUACAAACAAGAGAAAAAAAAGAAGACAGAAAAAAAAUCCAGCUCCAAAUGAGAAUCUUGAAAACAAUGAAGAAACGCAUCCUAUUACAAACAAGAAGAAAAAAGGAAGAUCGAAAAAAAAUCCAACUCUAAUAGACAUACCAUCUGGUACUGUUCAAUUUGAAGAAAAUUCUAUCGAGUCUCCUGCUCCAAAUGGGAAUAAUGAAAACAAUGAAGAAACACUUUAUAUUACAUACAAGAGUAAAAAAGGGCCUAGAGGAAGUAAAACCUUGAAAAAAAAAGCUGCACCAAUUAAGAGACCUAGAAGAAGACCUAAAAAGAAUUCAAAUGAAGUAACAACGAGUGAUCCAAAUUGUGAGAACCAAUUUCUUCCUCUUGCUAUUGAAUUUCCAGAUUCAGCCGAAUUUAUUUCUCCGGAUGUAGUUCAUGGCAAUUCUGAUGAAGAUCAUUCGCAACAGUUUUCUAACACAAAAGGAAAGAAUGCCAAGAAAGUUGCUUCUGCAUGCGAUUCAGAAACUCCUGUUACAAGGAGUAGGUUGGAUAUUAAUCACAUGGAAAGAAGCUGUAGCCAAGAUGCAAGUAGGCCAUUAUUGAAUCAGUGUGAGGAGGAGGAAGACCAUCAAUCACAUGGUAGCUCUGUAUUGGAACCUCAAGCAUCUACAUGUCCCAUUCCACAAAAUGUAGCAUUGCCGAAAUUUGUGUCAUGCCUGGCUCAUAAUGGAAAGGUGGCAUGGGAUGUCAAAUGGCGGCCUCUUAACAAUAUUGAUUCCUCAUGCAACCAUCGAAUGGGCUAUCUUGCUGUCUUGUUGGGCAAUGGAUCUAUGGAAGUGUGGGAGGUUCCCCUUCCUCAUGCACUGAGAGCAAUUUAUAUGCAAAACGAAGGCACCGAUCCACGUUUUCUAAGAUUGGCGCCUGUAUUCAAAUGCUCAAUGUUGAAGCGUGGUAGCUUACAAAGCAUUCCUUUGACAGUGGAGUGGUCGGUUACGCCCCCUCAUGAUUAUUUAGUUGCUGGCUGCCAUGAUGGAACGGUUGCUCUAUGGAAAUUCUCUACAAAUUCUUCAUCUAAAUGCGUUGAUACAAGGCCUAUACUUUGUUUCGGUGGGGAUACAGUUCCUAUUAGAACAGUUGCAUGGGCUCCUUUUGAAGGUGAUCCAGAGAGUUCUAAUAUAAUAGUAACUGCAGGACACGAAGGCCUUAAGUUUUGGGACCUACGUAAUCCCUUUCGUCCUCUGAGGCUCCUCAAUCCUUCCCAGAGAAUCAUAUACAGUCUGGAUUGGCUGUCAAAGCCAAGUUGUAUCAUUAUGUGCUUUGAGGAUGGAACAAUGAAAACCAUUAGCUUGCCAAAGUCUGCAAAUGACCUCCCUGUCACUGGAACGAUAUACAAUGGAAAAAGACAACCAGGGCUGCAUGGUUCUAUAUAUUCAUCUUAUGCCAUUUGGAGUGUUCAAGUGUCACCGAUAACAGGCAUGGUUGCAUUUUGUGGAGCAGAUGGUACUGCCUUUCGUUUUCAGCUUACUGCUAAAGCAGUGGAUACCGAACAUUCUCGCAAUCGAACUACAUUCUUUCUAUGUGGGUCGGUUUCUGAAGAGGAAUCAACCAUCAUUAUCAACACUCAAGUAUCAAGCUCUCCUUUCCCAAUAAAGGUGCAAGAUAGAGGCCAUCAGGCUCAAUCUUUUCGAGACUUAUUAUCAAAGGCAAAUUUGAGCAGAAGUGCAAAUAAUCAAUUGACUAAAGCUUCUAGUAACGAUUCUCGGAUUUUAGCCCUUGCUGAUUGUGACUAUCCGGAACAACAGCCCAAAAGACCAAAACUGAGUUGUAGCAGAAAGAAGAAACCAAAUGAAAGCACAUCUCUUAUUACUAGAGAUGGGAAUGCACCUAGAGUUGAUAAUGAAAAGCUGGAUUCUGGGAAUAUACCUGAAGUGUUUCCUUCCAAAAUGACAGCAUUACAUAAAGUGAGAUGGAACUUGAACAAGGGUAGUGAGAAAUGGUUGUGCUUUGGAGGAGCUAAUGGACUUGUACGUUGUCAGGAAGUUGUUUUCAAUGAUAUUGAUAAGAAAAAGGCCUUGAAAAGAUUUUAG